AUGUUGGGUGCACCGACCCGGGUCCUGGAGGUAGUCAAGAAGCAGACAGGUGGCUUGCUGUGGAAGGUGCAGCGCAUGACCAAGACGCGGCGCGCCAACGCCAAGGCCCGCCACGCCCGCACGCACCAGGUCGAGGACAUCCUGAGGGCCUGCGCCCAGGAGCCGCAGCCAGACACCACCCCCGCCCCACCAGCAGGCACUGCAGAAGUGUCCGCCGGUACGAAAUCGGAGUAG